UUACUUCGUCCUUUUUCUUUUCUUUCCAAAUUCUCUCUCUCUCAAAACAAUCGGUGGCUUUGUGCCUGGUCCUUUGUGAAGUGUCACCACUAAUAAAAAGCAGACAUAUUGUGUGAAAAACCAGAAAAAAAUUUCGGUUCAAUCCAUCCACUUGUUCUUGCUUCCAUUUUCCUUGCUAAAUGUGCUUGGCUUGGUCUGGAUAAAUUGGAGGAUGACGAGGCAGAAAAUCCAGAUCAAGAAGAUCGACAACAUAGCGGCGAGGCAGGUGACUUUCUCCAAGAGGAGAAGAGGGCUUUUCAAGAAAGCUCUCGAGCUUUCCACUCUCUGCGACGCCGAGAUUGCUCUUAUAGUGUUUUCAAACACCGGCAAGCUCUUCGAGUACUCCAGCACCAGUACGAGGCUAGUGAUUGAAAGGCGAAAUCUUCAGUCGGAAAGGAUUGACAGAUUGGAUCCAAUUCCAUACCUUGAGCAGCAGCUUCAAAGCAGCACAUGUGCCAUGUUGAGCAAGGAAAUAGCAGAAAAAACCAGAGAACUGAGACGACUGAGAGGAGAGGAGCUCCAAGGGUUAGAUUUAGAGGAAUUAAAAGAGCUAGAGAAAUUACUUGAAGGAGGCCUUAACCGAGUCUCGCAAACAAAGGAUGAAAGGUUUUUUAAAGAAAUCAACGCCCUCAAAAUGAAGGGAGCAGAACUGAUGGAAGAAAACCAGCAAUUGAAAGAGAAAAUGGAGAAUUCUUCUCAUGCGGCUGAGCAAGGCCAACCGUCAGAAACCACUGGCCAUGCGUGGAGAACCUUUAGCUAUGACUUCUCUCUCAGAUUGGGGUUACCUUCCCCUAACUGAUUGUUGAAAGGUUGGAGACGAUGAUGCCAAAAAGUGUUCAUCAUCAUCAUCUCCUUGCAUCAUCUUAUUAUUGACUCCUGUAUGUAUUAUAAUAUUUAUAACCAAUUUAUGGCCACUAAUACAGCUUGUUACUC